UUGCAGGGCGGGGAGAAGCUGCAGGACGCCUUCUACACGUUCCAGGAGCUGGCGGAGCGCUGCUCGCCGGCGCUGCCGCUGCUCAACGGGCAGGCUGCGGCUGCCAUGGGCCAGGGCCGCUGGGACGAGGCCGAGGGGCUGCUGCAGGAGGCCCUGGACAAGGACAGCAGCCACCCUGAGACCCUGCUGAACCUGGUGGUGCUGUCCCAGCACCUGGGCAAGGCCCCCGAGGUCACCAAUCGUUACCUGUCCCAGCUGAAAGAUGCUCAUAAAAACCAUCCCUUCAUCAAGGAGUACCAGGCCAAGGAGAACGACUUUGACCGGCUGGCCCUGCAGUAUGCACCCAGUGCCUGAGCA